AUGGACAGAGAUGAUAGCGUGCUUCGAACCAAAUUCGUGACCAAACUUCUCAACUUGCCCGUACUGUCCAGUGAUGCGUCCCGCGAGGAGCUCCAUGGCGGCAUGUCUACCACAGGUGAUUCAAGCUCCGGUGGAGCUGCUUCUCCACUGACCGCCCGCUCCAUGCGCCUGGAGCGUGUGGCCCAAGCCCUGGCCCACAGCCAAGAGGAGCUGAGGCGCCGUUCGAUUGGCCUCAAUCCCAGUGCCCCGGUGGCGCCCAAUCACAGUGGGGGUCACAUGCCGCUGAGCAGCCACAGUUACGGGCUGUCACCGCUUAGCUCCCGUUACGGCAGCCAGGAGUCGUUGCGCCACUACAACACCAUGGGCUCCAUGUCCAUGCUGCAGACGCCGACCUCCGGCGUGUCCAGGGAUGCGGCAGCUGCUGCUGUGCAGAAGAAAAAGGGCAUCAAGUCCUCGCUGGGAAGGUUCUUCAGCAAAAAGGAGAAGGUCAAAGGCGUGAAGGAUACAUUGCCUGACGGCUCGCCCAGCAUGAUGUCCAUCGGCAACCUGUCGAUCGGACUGAGCGAGGUGGACUCCAACUACGAUGCUAUGAGCAUGACUGGGGGCAUGAUGCCCCGAAUAGCCAGCUCCCAAGGAUCAAAAAUAAGCAGUGUUGACUACGGCAGGCAGAAGAAGGAGCACGACUAUCGCAAUGAUUUGCUGGGCGAGGCUAUGAAGGCGGGCACUCCAUUUGCCCUCUGGAACGGCCCCACCAUCGUGGCCUGGUUGGAGCUGUGGGUGGGCAUGCCCGCCUGGUAUGUGGCCGCCUGUCGGGCCAACGUCAAGUCCGGGGCCAUCAUGAGUGCGCUAAGCGACACGGAAAUUCAGCGGGAAAUCGGCAUCAGCAAUCCCUUGCACCGGCUCCAAGCUGCGCCUGGCCAUUCAGGAAAUGGUUUCACUGACCUCUCCCUCGGCGCCACAAACCUCACGGACAACCUUGGCAUUUGGCGAUAUGAACCAUGAGUGGAUUGGAAACUAUUGGUUGCCUGGUCUGGGCCUGCCACAAUAUCGCACAACCUUCAUGGAGUGUCUGGUCGAUGCCCGCAUGCUGGACCAUCUCACCAAGAAGGAC